GUAAGAUCCAAUCCGAGUCUGGCAAGGCGGAAUAAGUAAAAGCUAGGAAUGAUAGAUCAUAUGGCCAAGUCUUGCUGAGCUAAUCCGCGAUAUUGGUUACAAUAUCCAAAAACAUGCUGACCUAAGUGAAGAUGAAGAACAGCCAGUAAGCUACCAAAGGACACAUCGGGGAAGAAACAAGCCCUGUAGCGAUUAUUUGUGCGGCUAUGAUUGCCGGUCAGAGUUACGGACAGAACACGGGGAAUAGAGGAGCCCAUACGAUAUGUGGCAAUCCCAACCCACCUGGCCACGAGAUGCAGUCAUGCAGAUUCACACCACAGCACUGCCGGCAAUAAGCUCUCUUUGGGGUGGUAGACGAAGAUAGAGUGGAGGACUACUGAACCACGACUGGGGAUGGUUGUACACCUAGGUGGCAAGACAUAGGACUCGAAGAAAUAUAAAAAGGGGCAGGUUGGCAACCACAGAAUGAAGAGAAUCACCACUCACAACAUCCACAAUCAACAACAAGUCUCAAUCAACACUCUACUACACACUUUCCACCACUCCUCAAAGUUUUAAAAAUCAGUCACAAUGGGUUUCACUCACUACUCCGGCCCCGCCUCCAGCUUCCCCGGCAAGGACCAGUGGAAGUCGUUUGAGGAGAUCUUCAACGCCAACAAGUCCGCCAUGGCAGCCACUGGCGACACUGGCGAGGACAUUGGCCGUAUCUGGAACGCCGUUACCGAAUGCGCCAAGAUCGGUGUUGAGGAGCGUGUCAUCUUUGCCAUCAUCAUGCAAGAGAGCACCGGCAACGUCGGUGUCCGCACCACCGUAAACAUGGACGGCCACUCCACCGCCGGCCUCAUGCAAUGUGACGGCAGCCCCGGCUUCCCCGGCCAGCACGGUCUCAGCCAGGACCAAAUCACCUCCAUGGUUCGCGCCGGUACCAACCACUUCAAGCAGAACCUCAAGGACUUCGGCGACGCCGACACCGCCGAGUGCAUCUACAAGGCCCUGCGCGAGUACAACUCGGGCUCCGUCAACCCCAACGACCUCAGCGAUGGCCGCGGAGCUACUCCCAGCUACGUCUCCGACAUCGCCAACCGCCUCCUCGCCCGCACCAACUAAACUGUUGUUCUGCCAAUGCUAAAAGGGGGUGAAAGGAGGAUGCGAAGUAUACAGGGGGGUUUUGAAUAUAUGUUGGAGGUAGAGCAAUAGUUUCAAUCAUAUACACUUAGAGCACAUUCAUUUUUGUAUAUAGCAGUCUAAAACAAUCUCUUCUACCGCUUUAAAA